UCUGCAGUGUUCCACCGAAGAACAUCCCGGCUCACUUCGUUUCUUCUCCAAAUUCGAGAGUGGGAACCUGCGAAAAGCCAUUCAAGUUCGCAGUCAUGAAUAUGAUUUGAUUCUCACCGCCGAUGUCAACUCCUCUGAACACUAUCAGUGGUUUUAUUUUGAAGUCAGUGGUAUGGUGGCCGGAGUGCCGUACCGCUUCAACGUCAUCAACUGUGAGAAAGGAAACAGCCAGUAUAACUACGGCAUGCAGCCGGUACUGUAUUCAGUGAGGGAGGCUUUGGAUGGGAGACCACACUGGGUGCGAUCAGGCUCUGAGAUUUGCUACUACAGAAAUCAUUUCUGCCCUAAAGGACGUCAUCGUUCUCAUUUCUACACCCUGACGUUCACAGUGACCUUUCCUCAUGAUGAUGACGUGUGUUACCUGGCCUAUCACUACCCCUACACCUACUCCACACUGCAGACCCAUCUGAAGAUGUUAGAGAAGUCGGCAGACCAACGCAAGAUUUUCUUUAGACAGCAGAACCUCUGCGACACGCUGGCGGGGAACUCCUGCACCUUAGUGACGAUCACAGCCUGCCCCGCUUCCAAAGCCUGGAAAGAUCUGCACCAGCUGCGUAACCGGCCAUGUGUGGUACUGACAGCAAGGGUUCAUCCAGGGGAGAGCAAUGCCAGCUGGGUAAUGAAGGGUACACUGGAGUUCCUGUGCAGCAAUGAUCCUGUAGCAGAAAGUUUAAGAGAGGCCUACAUCUUCAAAGUCAUCCCUAUGCUCAACCCUGAUGGGGUCAUUAAUGGCAAUAAUCGCUGCUCUCUCAGCGGAGAGGAUCUCAACAGGCAGUGGCUAAAACCGGACCCUGUUUUAAGCCCGACGAUUUAUCACACCAAAGGGUUCCUGUAUUACCUCAACAGCAUAGGUAGAACUCCACUGGUGUUUUGCGAUUACCAUGGCCACUCCAGGAAGAAAAAUGUUUUUCUGUACGGCUGCAGCAUGAAGGAAACACUCUGGCAAUCUGGAUCUACAAUUAACACGGUCUCCCUGAAAGAAGACCCGGGUUACAGGACCAUCGCUAAAACUUUGGACCGAAUAGCUCCUGCGUUCUCUUUCAACAACUGCAACUAUCUGGUGGAAAAGUCACGGGCAUCCACGGCACGGGUGGUUGUUUGGAGGGAAAUUGGAGUUCUCAGAAGCUACACCAUGGAAAACACUUAUAACGGCUGCAAUCAGGGAAUUUACAAGGGUCUACAAACAGGGACUCGGGAGCUGGAGGAAAUGGGAAUGAAGUUUAGCCAAAGUCUCAUCACCCUCAGUAGGAACACCAUCCAUUACAACAGCCGUCUGAUCCACAACGCAGCUACCCUGCUGGACCUGGAUGACAGACUCCUCGACCACAAAUCCAAUAAUUGCAGCGAGGAUGACGAGCCACCCUGCGCAGAAGAGAUCCAGUACUCGCCCUGCAGCGACCUGUUUGGUGCCAACGAUCUGGACGCGGAGGUGAACGCUAACGCUUCCAGCGUGGAAGAGGAUGAAGGUGAUGCUGAGGUCUGCAAAAAGGGGCGGCGGCUUACUGACAGGAAAUCUCACCUCCUUCCUCACUUCCUGCAGCAAGAUGCCCUGGAAACUUUAAGCAUCAGGAGUGGACAGUGUAAUAACAUGGACAUCAGUAACCGAUACUUUUAUUAGGAACCUCUUGUUUGUCUUUUCUGUUGUUUAUAUUUUAUAUUAAAGUAGUGUCUUGAGUGUUACUGUAGCUUAGCCUGAAACAGUUCACUUAGAAACUCGAUAACUCCAUGAAGCCUGCAUUAUUUGGUUAUUAUAUUAUAAUACAAUAUUAUAUUUUUAUAAUGUAUUAUAUAGGGAUGUACCGAUAGGAUUUUUUGGGGCCGAUACCGAUUUAAACAGACAACUUCUGUCCGAUACCGAUAAUAAACACUUGUAUACAAUAGGGCUGUGUAUCGCCAACAAUUUCCCGAUACGAUACGUAUCCCGAUACAAGGGUCCCGAUACGAUGCGCAUCACGAUACAAGACUAUUUUGAAUUACAUUUUUGUUCAGAAUUUAGUAACAUUAUUAUUAUUAUUUGUAUUAUUAUUUGUUUAUUGUACAUUGAAUAAGCACUGUUGUAACAGUUGUGUUUUUGCCAUUCAUUUAUUAGCUAUUAAAAAUAUUUAAAAUCCCAGAGUUAGUACUUAACUUAUGUUUUUUAAAAGCAGUUUUACAAAGAUGGUGCCUUACUCUUGUCUCUCAUUAUUCUACAUCUAUGAAUAUAUCUAUAAACAUGCAGUCAGACUUAAUACUAUUUAAUAGAAAUCAGAUUAUUAAUGUGACAGUUAUAGUUUGAAGUAGCUCUGUAUCUCUUCUCUAGACGUACACUUUUCACAUGCAAAUCUUUGUCGUGUUUCUUCUCAAAUGCGUUAGUACUGUUUUAUAAGAGCAUGGCUAAUAUAGCCCUUUGCAGUAGUAUAGGCUAAGAUAUCUGCGAUUUCAUACUGAACUCAUUGACUUUAAUGCACGCGCGAGAGAAAGAGUGCGAGUACGCAGCUCACUAUACAGACACGUGCGCCAGCGAGACAGACACUCAAAGUGAAAGUAUACCCCGCCACCUUUAACUCUACGUACUCCGCGGGACACAUGCGUACUUUCCAUAUGGAUCACGCAUCAACAGCAAUUCGUCACGUUACUUUCAAAAGUACAUCCGAAUCGAUACGGAAGGUGCUGUAUCAAUGCGCGCAUCGUCAGGCGCCCAUGACGAUGUAUCGUCGUAUCGAUAUUUUGAACACAGCACUAGUAUACAAUACUAUACAGUUGUUCUAUUUUCUAGUUUAUUUCUGCAUCAAAUUAUUUUUACUGAACAUGGAUUGGAUCUAAUUAACAUUCAACUGACCAACAUAAUAAGAGAGGCACAAAUUAAGCUAAAACAAAUAUAAUAAGACAGCAUGACAACCUUCAAAGGUGGUUUUUGCUAUUCAGCAAUUAUUUUAUUAACAACAUUAACUUGUUUUUUUUACAUAUAAUGGAUUUCUUUAUUCAGUUAAUUAAUAAACAAUCGGUAUCAGCCUUUCUCGUGCCAUUGCUGAUAUGCCGAUGGUUUAAAAUUAAUGAAAAUAAAUAUCGGCGGCCGAUUCGUCAGUGCAUCACAAGUAUUAUACACUGUCGGAAAAAAAACUGUCGGAAAAAAAUGGUCCCUAGCUGUCACUGAGGCGGUACCCUUCCAAAAAGUACCUCUUUGUUCAUAAAAGGACCUCAUAGGUACAUGUUAGUACCAAUCUACACGGGUCAAUUACGUGACAUUAAUUGUUUUGUGUCCGUAUGGUUCAUUUAAUAUAAAAAUUUGCAGAUUACUUGCAUACAAUCUCUGUGUGGAGGACCAGAAGUCUAAAAUUUCUGGUUUUAUUUCAUUUUGAAAGAAUUUUUGGGAAAUAUUUGCAAAAAUGUCAAUGUGGUGUAACCGGUCUGUGUCAGUUGGUGUAACUUGUAUUUUUUUAAUGAAAAUAUACAUUUAUUCAUAAAAAUGUGGAAUAAAUUAAUAUAAUCAUCUAGUUUAGUGUAACAUAAUUUUUUUCAUACACUUGUCAAAGAUUAUUUAGAAAACAGAGCUGUUUUUAGCAUAUGUCCAGACAAAUAUUACAAAAACGCAUACAAAUUUACAUUUAGUAAUAACUAAUAAAAUGUAUUUUCAUGUGAUAUUUAAAAAAAUAUUAUUAUUAUUAUUUUAUUUUUUUGAUGCUGAUUAUGCUUACAUGCCAUCAAGGUAGAUAAAAUAUUUAAUAUUUCUCAUUCUUUGGCGCAAUUGGCGGUUACACCGUUUGACAUUUUCAUGUCCAUUCAGUCUUAACUUUCAUAAAAAUGGUGCAAAUGUAAUAAAAUCAACAUAAAUACACUAUGUCCAUUGAAAUAUACCUGCCGCAUGCUUUUUUAAAGAUUUUUGAUUUCCUCAUCUUGCCAAACCGUUUUUGUCACUGACCCACACAUAUUAGGACCUCUUUUAAAUUUGCUGUACUGCCCCAUUGACAGCCAGGACAAUUUUUUGGACGAUUUUUUCUGGCACUGUAGGUUUCAUAUCUUUAUCUACUACAUCUGUUUCACGAGUUCGAAUUAACAUGUAAUCGAUAGGGAAUGAGAUAAAGCCUUUUUUGGCAUGCUGUCCGAGGGACAGGCUCAGAGUUCGAAAAUGUAUCCCGAACGCAGAGUGCUCCCCCCUCUUUAACUGGGAUUAAUGAAACUAGAUGAGAGUGAGGAGAUGGGGUGGAGGAGGGAUGCUGCAAAAAACUAUCAUGGUACAGAGAUGAGGGACUGCUAUUUAUAGGCCCCUCUUCAUGCUGAUUGGUUGGAUCACAUGACCAUGCUUCUCACGAAUUUAGUUGAAUAAACUUCAUAUAAUGAUUGGUCUGAUACCACUUAAAGUGACAAAUGCAAAUUCGUCUUAUAAACAUUAUGACCACAACAUAAUGCUGUUACAAUUAUUUGCAUUAUAAAUAUACAGUAUAAAAGUAUUAUAAGCAUUAUAAAUAUGGACUUCAUAGAAAGUGUUACUGAAAAUACUUUCAUCAUUUACUCAUCACUUGUUCAAGCCAGUAUGACUUUAUUUCUAAGCGAACAUAAUUUAAUUAAUAACUUAUUGAGUUGGUGGAUGAUUCAGUACUAAAGGAAUAAUUGACGACAUGCCGUUGAAUUAUUCGAAAAUAAUGCACACCCAUGAUAGUAAUGCGGCACAAUGUAAAGCUUAUACCACGGUUACCACAAAAAUCGCUCUGGUGGUUAUUUUAAGACAUUUUGCAGGUUAGAUGUGCGUUUUACAACCAAGGGACAUUUUUCAACCAAUCAGAAUAGAGCAUUCAACAGCCCCGUGGUAUAAUAAGCACAUAAUCUAAUAUUUUGUACUUCUGAAGAGAAAAUCAUUUGGUUUUUGAACAACAAAAGUAAACGAUGAGCGACUGUUUGGUUAAACUGUUUAUUUAAGCUUUAUACCGAAAUAUUUAGAUAGAGCAAGAAUCAAUGAAUGCGAGAUGAGAUUUUAUCCGUCACCCGUAGUCUUUGCGAAUCUAAGCUACUUAAUGUUUAGAGCAACACUUGAAUAAUAAUUCACUUUUGUGUAGUCAUACGAAAAGCAAAUGGUUUGGCCUUUGCAGUGUCUCAUGUAUCUUAAUUUUUUUUUUACCCUACUCCCAGACUAAAAUGCAUAUUUAAUCUGCCUUAAUUUAAAAACACCUUGCACUGACACAUAUUUAUAACAUAUAGUAGUGACAUUGUUGUGUUUCAAGAUGCACACCAGUAAUGUUUUUGUAAAAUGACUUAAAUGUCCUAAUUCUGGAUUAAUCUGGGAAAUCAUCCCCUUAAAUGUGUUUGUUUACGACUGUUCUUACUGUAAACCGUAGUAGUACAGACAGGUACAGUAGCUUACCGGAGUAAUUCAAGUAUGCCUGCUAUAUAACAGGGUUUUUAUCGUAAAUAUGAUAGCACUGCAGAUAAAGUUUACUUUAAAUGUUUAUUAUGUUAGCAGUUAGUUAAUAUUUAUAUUUUUAGUAUGUUUUAUUUUUCAGUGUUGAGGUGAUAAAAAUGUUAUAGAUAUUUUAACUAUGAAUUUGUUUAUAUACAGUGGGGUCCAAGUUUAAGAUCACUUGUGAAAAUCCUACUAUUUUAAUGUUUUAUCUGUCUGUCUGUCUGUCUGUCUAUAUGCAGUGUAUGUAUGUAUUUAUAUGCAAUACAUACAUAUAUACAUAUAAAUAAUUGAUUUUGAAAAAUAAAGCCAUUUGCACUGUAAUACUGAUUUAUUACUUCAUAUUACAAAACUGCCAAGACAAGCAGUGUUGACAAGG